CGAGCCGCCAAAACAUACAGUUUCCAUCGCCGCGCGCUCGUGUGAUUUUCGUUGUUCUUCUGAUCUUCAUCGCUGCAAUAAAAUUAUGUCUGGUACGAUUUUUCAAUCGACGUUUAAGAUCAGUACUAAAGUUUCUAAUAUGGAAAGUUCAAUAUCAAUAAAUACAUCCAUACAACAACAACAUUUAUGAUCCAAGAUCCCUUCGCGUUCAUCACUUAAGAAAAUGGACGCGAAACAGAAGGGUAUCCUCAUAGAUCAUAGGAUCCCUUCUACUGAUACGGAUCAAGAAUAUUUGGAACAGUAUCAAGGCAAAAUAGUAGACAGUCAAAAUCGUCAGCUUUUACCAUUACAAGAAGAUUUAGCGGACUGGAUAAAUAAAUCUUUAGACAUCGAUUGGUUGAAUGCAAUCAAUCUUUUGGAUAUGUUGGACAAUGGUGUUAUACUGUGUCGCUUAGCAAAGACAAUCGAGUGCUUAGCACACGAGUCAAUACUUACAGGACAUUAUAAAGGCGAUUUACCGACAAUAUCUUCACGCUGUUUUGAAUCAGCGGCAAGGCACAGUUUUUUCUCAAGAGACAAUACGGAAAAAUUCAUUCAAUUUUGUCGCCGGCUUGGUGUACACCAACACCUUCUGUUUGAAAGUGAAGAUCUAGUUUUGCAAAACAAACCUCGUAAUGUUGUAUUGUGUCUGAUGGAAGUGUCCCGCUUGGCUUCUCGAUUUGGUCUGGAACCACCGGGUUUGGUGCAAAUGGAAAAAGAAAUCGACGCCGAAGAAGCCAGAGACCAGAACGACGGCCCCGAUACAAAAAUAUCUACUCCUAAUAUCAGACAUCGUUCAACCAGUGCAAUACCAAUGGCUAUCAGAUCGGUGAGUAAAUUGAGGAGAACCGAGAGCCUCGGGGCCACGUCAAUGGUUACUUUGAAAUCAGAGUCGGACACUACAGACGACGAUUAUACAAUGGAAGGUGGCAAUAACUUAAGUGAACUCGAUUACAAAGUGAAACAAGCUAGUCGACAAGCUCUUGCGCAGUGUCGUUGUCAAGGGAAAAAAUUGAAAUUGAAAAAAAUAGGAGAAGGACGAUACAAUAUACACGGUCGAAACGUGUUUAUCAGGUUGUUAAAAGGUACGCACAUGAUGGUCCGUGUCGGAGGCGGAUGGGACACAUUAGAAAACUUCUUGACCCGUCACGAUCCUUGUCAAACGCCUGGCCGUCCAGUCGUUCGAGUUUCGACGCCAUCCAGUCACCGGACGCCGUCACCUGCACCACCGAACAGUCGGGUCCAGUCACCGUCACAACGCAAGUCGUCUAUUCCCAGAUAUCUUGGGUCAAAGUUUAACUCGCCCAACGCAUUCAAAACGUUGCCUGAAUCCGCACUUUUAGCACGCUAAUGUUUUCCUAUAGUUAUGUUGUAUAUCGAUUAAAUAAAUAUUUUAUUAUUAUUA